AUGUGCGCGCUCCCACGCGCCCCCGAUAGGAGCUCUGUCAAGGCCUCGCUCUCGCCUGAGCCGCUCCCGUCUGGGGAAGAUAGCCGACCCGCCGGUCUGCCCCCGGGUGGAGCGCUCGCCGACCCGGGCUGCCCCCGGGUGCAGCGCUCGCCGACCCGGGCUGCCUCAGACGGAGAGGCCGCCGAUCCGCGGGCCAUUACGGCGCUUCCGCCCGUCUGUCCGUCCGCUGUCCCCGCUGAGUCUCCUCUCGGCCCGUUCGUUUCGGUCACGCCAGCUGCGGCGGCGGCGACAGGCAAGUUCGGCUCGUUCUCGUACCCGGACGGCUGCAGCUACGUGGGCGACUGGAACGAGGCCGGCCAGCGGCACGGUCACGGCCAGAUGACGUUGGCGGACGGCGCCGUCUAUCAGGGCGGCUUCGCCAACGGCUUCUUCAACGGGCUCGGCGUCAUCGUCUUCUCCGACGGCGCAAAGUACGAGGGCGAGUUCGCACAGGGCUGGUUCCACGGUCACGGCAUCUUCUGGCGGUCGGAUGGCAUGCGGUACGAGGGCGAGCUGCGCGGAGGACGCCUCUGGGGCCACGGUCUGAUGACCUACAGCGACGGAUCACACGGCUUUCCGCGGCAAGAAGGCUUCUUCCAAGACAGCAGAUUUAUUCAGAAGAAAAAGUGUUCAAAAGUAAUCUCACGCGCCCAGAAAGUUGCUUUGCUGGCUAGGCGGCAGUGCGAGUGAUCUGCACGAUUCAGUUUUUUUAUCAUGUAUACAUAACAAAUAUGUUAUAAGUUGACUUGUCGUCAAUUUUACCACGUUUACAUGUCAGACUCUACAAUACCUACCUGCCACCGCUCUCGCUACUUUGUAUAAGUGUAAGAUCACGGGUACGUUACUACAUGUAUCGACGGCCUUUUUGCGGAUGCUUCAUUACGCUUCGGCCUAUCCUAAUCCCCUUGGCCCUUGGGUAAGAUUACGUCUAUCCCAAUCCCAAUCACUUUUCCAAUCCCAAUCCCCUUUUCCCAUCCUGCUUAUUUAUAAAAAAAAGCUCAAUUUCAACAACGAAGAACGUUUUGAAUGUUUUGCUCUGCCCUCUGUUGUCGAAAAGCUCCGUAGGUAUUUGGCACACGGCUUACAUGGAUAAAUAAAUGUGCGAACAAUGUAAGAAAAGAGUCACAAGGGUACGGAAUCAUCUUCGUGAUUAGACUCGAGUACGAUGUUUUCCGGUAACGCAGUGCGGACUGCGGCCUUGCGAACCUGCUGUGAUGUGUGGGCAACAGCCAGGCCUUGCGGCACAGC